ACCUCUCGUUAUUACAUAUAACUCUGUAGUUACAUACCAAAUCUUGACCCAAUCUCCUGCACAAUUUUAUAGGAGCCGGCCGCUGAAAAACUUAUGCCUUCCCUCUCAGAUUUGAAACAAGACGGGCGCCUUUAUAAAUAGAGCAGGCCACCUGAAGCAAUCGUCAUCGCUGCUGUGUAUAAUCACUCCUUUUCUUGAUCUGAAUUAUUCACCAUUUGCAGCUAGCUAGCACCAGACAUGGGAAAGCACAUGAUCUUCUCCUGCUUUCUAGCUCUCACGCUGUUUAAUGUUGCCUUUGCAACGGACCCCAUGCCUCUGCAAGAUUUCUGCGUGGCUGAUAAUUCUAGCCCAGUACGGGUAAAUGGCGCGCCGUGCAAAGAUCCCAAGCUUGUUACAGCAGAGGAUUUCUUCUUCACGGGGCUGAAUAUUCCGGGCAACACCUCAAAUGCUUUUGGCUCCAAGGUCACCACAGUAUCCGUUGCUGAAAUGCCAGGGCUAAACACUCUCGGGGUCUCAAUGGCCCGCAUAGAUUUCGCACCAAAGGGAGUCAACCCUCCUCUAUUCCACCCAAGAGCCACCGGAAUUCUCACCGUUCUUGAAGGUACUCUACUGGUUGGAUUUGUCACUUCAAAUCCAGAGAACCGUCUGAUCACCAAAGUUGUGCAAAAGGGUGAUGUUUUUGUCAUUCCUGUGGGACUUGUUCACUUCCACCGCAAUGUGGGGGACACAAAUGCUGUUGCUGUGGCAGCCUACAGCAGUCAAAAUCCUGACAGCACUGCCAUUGGAAAGGCUGUUUUUGGAUCGACUCCACUCAUAAGUGAUGAUGUGCUGGCCAAGGCGUUCCAAGUCAAUAGGAACACAAUAGAUGGAAUCCAGUCUAAGUUCUAGUUCUUGACCAACUUAUUCUGAUGAUUUCUUUUAUGGCGACAAAUCUUUUUUUUUUCCUUUCCAGUUUUUCUUG